UGUAGCCACCAGGUAUGUCAGUUAUUUUCACCAGUUGGAACAAACUGCCUAAUCCGAUGACAGAUAUCAUUUUUUUCAGUUCUUAUCACCAUGUACCGUACCAUUCGCGCGCGCACGUUAACAUUAACGUUUAGAGUGCUAGCGCAACCAUCGACGUCGACAUAAAUUAUGACCGCAGCGCGGGAAUCUGGCAUCAAACGUGCACGCUCUGAGUCACCACCUUUCACCAGACCACACAAGCCUCGAGCUCUGUUUCGCCGCCUCAAGAUCCCCGACAACCCAAAUGACCCUCCCGAAUUUUGUAUUCCUCCUCCAUCUUCAUGCCUCGUGUAUAUGUCCUGAUCAUGAUCUCCACAGCUGCCGAAUAUCUUGCAUUGCUUGCAGUCCAGGCUGAGCUCGAGCCGAACGAAUCAUCCGGCGCGAAGGAUAACGUUCUCGAGGUGUCGGCAGACUUUAUCAUUAAUCUCAUUGAGGCUCGAUGGAAGGCGGAGAAAGAACGGUGUGAUGCAGAAUGUAAGGCUCAGUUGCUCGAGAUGAAAAAUUUACCUCGAGUUAGUUAAAAAGUACUUAUCAUACACCGAGAACAAUGUUACUAGUCUGCUGAAGUCAAUCCUCAAAAACUGCACGAGCGAGAUUUC